AACAAUUUAGCCUUCUCAACAUCUUCUCAUUGCUCAUUACCAAAGGAGAAAACAAAAAUGCCUGUCUCCUUCCACGUUCGAUCUAACAGUUACCCCUCUAGACUUCACCCACAAGCUGCUCAUGUUGAUGAGCAGUUGACUCGUUUGAGAUCUUCUGAUGAAACCUCGACAUCUUCAAGCUCUUCUAUAUGUCAAAGACUUGACAACCUUCAAGAUCUUCACGAGUCUCUUGACAAACUUAUUCGCCUACCUUUCACACAACAUGCUUUACCUCUAGAGCAGAACAAGAAAGCCGUCGAGCAGAUUCUUGAUGGAUCUCUCAGGAUCUUGGAUUUAUGCAACAUCUCCAAGGAUGCUUUGUCACAGAUGAAGGAAGGUCUCAUGGAGAUCCAGUCGAUGCUGAGAAGAAAGCGUGGAGAUCUAUCGGGAGAGGUUAAGAAGUACUUAGCCUCAAGAAAAUCCAUCAAGAAGUCAUUGCAAAAGGCCCUUAAGAGUUUGAAGGUGAAACAAGACCAAGAGUGCAACGAAGAGUCUCUGGCGGUGUUUGGAGAAGCAGAAGCUAUUACAGUUUCUCUGUUUGAUUCUUUGUUUUGCUUCAUGUCUGGAUCAAAAACAUGCAGCAAAUGGUCACUCGUCUCAAAGCUAAUGAACCAGAAGAAGGUUACAUGUGAAGCACAAGCAAAUGAAUUCACAAGAGUUGACUCUGAAUGCGAAUCAGAGAAGACUUUGAAAAUGGAGGAUGUGCAGAUCCUAGAGUCAUGCAUUCAAGAUCUUGAAGAUGGACUUGAAUCUCUUUCCAAGUCCUUGAUUAAAUACCGAGUCUCGAUUCUUAACACCUUAGGCCAUUGAAGCCUACAAAUUUUGUAUAAAAAUGUAAAUAUAAUUACUUGUAAAAAGGAACACAAAAACAAUGAAUACAAAAUCUUUAUCAUAUAUAACUGUUCUUGUGAUAUCUCUUAUUUUUUUCACGAAUGAUCAUCAAAGAACUAAACCCUUUCUCGAUUUUCAGAAACUUCAUUCAGUUUCUUACCUCAAAUUUCACUGUUUAAUCAUUUUGUUUUAUGACUGAGUAAAUUAAACAACGUUUACUUGUUCAACAUGUCAUGUGGCAUCUCUUAACCUCUACACGGUUGUUUGAUAUUAAAUAUAAUCCAAAAAGUGUUAAGUAAUCCAUUAUCUAUUUGUUAACAUGCCAUGAUCUGCGGAUACGGAUCUUGCCAGCAUUAUCACAGUUGUCUAAAUAUGCUUUCUUCUGAUUAGUAUAAUCACAACUUCUUAAUGCAAACGUGUGUACACGGAAAGAUUAUAAAUAUUCACAAAAUAUUCAGACGUGGGAGACAAAGCCAAGCUGUAAUUGGCAGAAGCUAUUAAGAGUGCUCGUGCGGUUACGCAUUUUAUAAGAUAAUAAAAGCUUACAUUUAUUGUCUUAUGGACAUAUUUCAGCACCUUCAACGUGAUUAAGAUCUGACUUUUGAUCAGCAUUGUCUUUUGCUUGUCGUAUGGCACACUAAUCCCAAACUUCACAAACCAAAAAUAUUAUUUAACUCCUAGAAGAUAGGCAUAAGACUUGCACGAGUGGCAUUGCAUUCAAUAGCAAACAAGCCAGCCU